ACAUCCUGCGCAGAUAAUGUAUGUUAUACCGAUGGAAAAGCGAAGACCUUAUUCGUAUUAUACGAGUGUUAGAGAUAAAAUUCCAGCUCGGUUGGUUUUAUAUUUUCUUUCCUGGUCUGGUUUUCUGGUAUCAUUCAUGAUGCGAAAUGAUAUGAAUUUUGCUUUGGUUGCUAUGAUAUCAAAUGGCAAUGAAACACUGACUGAAAAUCAAAGUGUAUCUAAUACAUUAUAUAUGGGCAGUGGCUCUGAAGACCAUUCAUCAAUAGUGAAAUCUGUGAUAAUAAGUUCAUUCUAUUGGUGUUACGUGCUAUCUCAAGUAGUUGGUGGAGUUUCUACUCAAGCAUUUGGAACCAAGUGUGUAUUCGGUUGGUCACAAAUGGCAACUGCAUUAUGCAGCCUUCUUAUGCCAUUAGCUGCAGAAUUUCAUUAUGCUGUCGUAAUUUUUUUACGAUCAAUUCAGGGAUUUGCUUCUGGCUUAACUUGGCCUGCAAUGUACGCUAUGGUGGGCUAUUGGAUACCCACGACGGAACGUUCACGGUUUAUGUCAAGCUUUCAAGGAUUUAGUAUUGGAAUUGGCUUAACGUAUCCACUGUGUGGGUUCAUUAUUACAAAUUUUGGUUGGCAACUGGUUUUUUAUACAACUGGAGCAUUAGGAAUUGGAUGGUGCGUUUUAUGGUACAAUUUAGCUUAUAACACACCACAGGAACAUCCCAGAAUAACCAAAGAGGAACUAAAUUACAUUGAGCUUAAUAUUGGUGAAGAUGUACGAAAUGCAUACACAGUGAAAGUGCCUUGGGGGCAAAUAUUUAGAUCCUUGCCAGUUUGGGCAAUUGCAAUUACAACCUUCGGCAGAAUAUUUAUACAUUAUGUUUUUAUAGUUAAUGGGCCGACUUUUAUGAACCAUAUUCUUAAGUUUGAGUUUGGAACAAAUGGAAUUCUGUCGGGAAUGCCUUUUCUUUGCUCUUAUAUUUCGUCGGUAUUUUUUUGUUAUAUUGCAGAUAAACUGUUAUUUCAUAAAAUUUUGGGUCUUACAACAGUGCGAAAAGUAUUUACUGCCUUAUCGCAAGUUGUUCCAGGAUUACUUAUUUUAUGUAUAGGUUAUAUAGAUAACAUACCGCUUCUCUUGACUACCUGGUUCAUAGCAGUUAUUUUUAUUACGGCAUCCUACGCGGGAGCAAUGGCCAAUAUUAUUGACAUUGCGCCAAACUAUGGACACUCAGGAGCAGUAUUAGCCUUCUGCCAAACGAUUCAUAUGUCGGCGUCUUUCCUAUCACCAUUGACCGUUGGAUUCUUAGUAACUCAAGAGGAUUCCAUUGAUCAGUGGCGAACAGUUUUUGAAGUAUCGGCAAUUAUUGCUAUGUUGACUUAUAUGUUUUAUCAGUGGUUCGGUACUGCAGAGAUACAAUCGUGGAAUAUCCAACGGCCAAUCAGUAAUCAGCUUCAAGAAGCAGAAAAAAUGUUUUUCAAGGAGAAUGGUGCAACACAGUUAACUACCAAGGCAAAAUGAAAAUUAAUAAUAAUAUGUGACCAUAAAAGUUAUAUGUUCAGCCUUUAUGUAUAAAGUUUCCUUAGCAUUUAGUUUUACUAUAACUUCUACUUUUAAUUUAGAUUAUGAUUAUAAAAAAAUGGUUAUUGCUUAAAUCCGUAGUUACUGUAAAGUUUCUUAAAUGGGGCUAUAACACCAAUCUUUUUGACGAGUGGAGUGAGUGCGCUGUCAUAAAUUUAAUUUUGUAAUAUUCUAAUCUAUACAUAAAACUGUUUGUAAUGUUUGACUGAUUGUUGAUCAACGCAUAGCCCAAACCGUAAGAGCUAGGAAGCUGAAAUUUUCACUGUAGUUACCUUAUGUGAUGAAGGUGCAUGUUAAGACAGGAUUUCGGGAAAUUGCACCCGCAUUUGUGGAAUAAUCGCGUACAACUUAUGAAACUUAUUGUUUACCAUCCGAUCCGCCUCAAACUCGUUUACAAAGAUCUUUGUCAAGAUUCAUCUGAUGGGUGUUUGGCAUUUUUGGAAAGUCCAUCCCUCCUUGGUGGAAAUGGGGGUUAAGGCUGUUAAAUUUCGGGCUCAAAUCAUUUUCAAAGAUUCAAAGAUUUUUUGGGCGAAGUUUCAAAUGUUGUCCUGUUGGGGAACUGCUUGUUUCUCGGUGGGCCGCGCCGGCUGGCUCAUCGGUUUUUCUGGGUAUAAUUCCAACAACAACAAAGCUACAUGUCUGUGGCAAAACAGACCUACACAAGACUAUGCAAAACAAACCACAAACUCCAAUAACACCACACAGUCGACUCUAACGUCUGAACAACAUAAACAGCUGCGAUGACAAGUAAAUGUGAACAACAUAGGUGAGACGCUUAUAUAAAUAAACAACACUAUUAAGCCACUUUAGUUUUCAUCACCCCCAGGAAGCCCGUUCACCUCUCAUCUUGGAUGCACUCCUUGAUGCCAGGCGGUAGCGACUGCCGAUAUGUCUAGUAGGCUUGUGCAAUCGCCGCAUUCAACGCCGACUUAAUGACCGAAUCGAUGGAUGUUUUUGGAAACUCUAGGUUCCCUAGAUGCCCCUUCGUCGGGAUGGUUCUCUCUGGGACUCCUCGAUGGUUCAUUGGCGCUCCCCUAGAUCUCCUGCAGGUAGCGGCGGUGGCGAUGUGGACGCUUCAUCAGCGUCUGAAACCCAAUUGGCUCCCUGAUCCUCAGCCAUGAAUGACCCCUAACCACAAGACACUAACCUUAUUCUUAAUAACACCUAUACACACUAACAGUGACUAAAUAACUACACCACAAUCCAAGGCAAAUUUUGCUCAUAUUGCAAUAUAAGUAAAUAAAUAAGCAAAUAAAUAUCGACAAAACAACUCACAA